AUGAGGGGCAUAGCAUUUAAAAUCCAGAAGAUAGAAGUAAUGUCAAAGUGUGGGAUCUCCUAUUACAUGGACAGAAUUUUUCUGCAUUCCAAUUCUGACAAAGGUGAUGGAUCAGUCAAAUACAUCCUUACAGGUGAAGGGGCUGGGACUAUCUUUAUUAUUGACGACACGACGGGAGACAUCCAUUCAACCAAAAGCCUAGACCGAGAAAAGAAGACCCACUAUGUGCUGCAUGCGCAAGCCAUCGACAGACGGACAAACAAGCCACUUGAACCUGAAUCGGAGUUUAUCAUUAAAGUACAAGACAUCAAUGACAACGCACCAAAAUUUACAGAUGGACCUUACAUCGUUACUGUGCCAGAGAUGUCUGAUAUGGGUACCUCAGUCCUUCAGGUGACAGCUACAGAUGCUGAUGACCCCACCUAUGGAAACAGUGCUCGGGUCGUGUACAGUAUUCUUCAGGGACAGCCAUAUUUCUCUGUUGACCCUAAAACAGACAGCUUCCAGGCUUUUCUGAUGUCUUCACCAGACGUGUUCAAUCUGGCCAGGAACUCAUUGUUUCCUCCUGUCAACUGA